GUACCAUACUUGACGGCCACAAUUAAACUUACUUCAACAACACUCGUCAAUUUUAGGCGUGGUUCAACAGCCGAGUUUGCUGCUGUGUCUGCAAGAAUUUGGUUGCCGCGCUAGUUGCCGGCUACAUAGUGCCAUGAAACAAGCGUAGGAAAAUGAACUUACAGGCCCUGGGGAGGCCUGCUGCGCUGGGCGCUCGGCGCUCACUGAGCCGGCAAGCAGCCCGCAAGGCGUUAAUUGUUUCCGCUCGACUGGCCAAGCCGGAGGGCCUUCAUGGAAGUAUCGCAGCCUCGCGGGUCCCUCAGGUUGUUCAGGGCGACCAGCCUGGUGGGCAGCUUGAGUCCCCUUACCAGGUCCGUCCUGCCCGCCAUCAGCAACACCAGCACCAGCAUGGCUUGCAGGAGCGCCACCAGGACAGUGGUGGGGCCGCGGAGGCCGGGCCGUCGUCCGCAUACGCUCGCUCCGGGGGCGUCACGUCCACGAGCGUGUCCGGAGCGGACCUCAUGGGGCGAAUCAAGGCGGCCCGCAGCUGGCAGCAGCUGCAGACGCUCGUGGACGCGCAUGCGCGCUCCAUGAACCACCUGCAUGUCAGCGCAGUCGUGACCCACAUGGCCCAGUUGCACGCUUCGUCGUCUAGCGGCAGCGGUCGCGGUGAUGGCCUCGUGCGGCGGCGGCUCGAGCUUAGCCGCCCACCGCAGGGGCACCACAUCGCACUGGGUGGCCGGGACAGCUACAACAGCAGCAAGCCCGGCAAGCCUGCGCUGGCCGCAGAAGCUGCGGCAGCCACAGCGCGGUUCGCAGCCAGCCAGCAGCCCGGGGACCUGCCGCCGCUGCGGCAGCCGCUGGCGGCAGGGCCCCACCACCAGCAGCAACACCACCACCAGCAGCAACACUACCAGCAGGCGCGGCGGAUGGGCGUUGCCGCUAGCAGCAGCGUUUACGAGAGCCGGGAAGCCUUCAUGCGCCGCUUGGAGCGGGCCGUGUUGGCGCACCUGCACCAAUUCCGGGGGCGGCAGCUUGCCAACACGCUGUGGGCCGUGGCGAAGCUGGGGUAUAGGCCCUCGCGGCAAUGGCUGGAUGCUGUGCUAACGGCAUCCCGCGUGGAGCUGCAGCAGCAGCUGCGGCAGGGCGACACGGGAAGCGGGCAGCAGGGCGUUGGCUUUGAGCCGCAGCACCUCGCGAACACGCUUUACGCGCUGGCAAUUCUGGGCGUCACGCCGUCGGGUGACUGGCUGAACUUGUUCUUUGCGGCCGUGGACAGGCAGCUGCGCGGCUUCGGGCCGGCGGAGCUGGCGCACCUUUGCUACGCCGGCGGCCGACUCAAGCUGUCGCCGGGGCGGCGCCUGCUGGGCGGCUUCAUGCACCACUCGGGGCUGCACAUGGACCGGUACGGCAUCCGCGAGCUGUCGUUGCUGCUGUACGGGCUCGUGCACAUGGGGGCAACGGUGGACAACUACGACUGGAUGCGGGGCUUCCGCAUCCGCACCAUGGAGGUCGUGAUCAGCAGCGGCGCGCUGCCCACGGGGCGGCUAGAGCAGCUGGUGCCGCGGCUGAACCUGCCGCUGGCGGCCGCAGUGGCGGAACAGCUGGCAUCGGCGCAGGACGACGAGGCGGUUGACGGCGGGGGCCGGCAUGGGCAGCGCGGGCGGGGAGCGAGGCGCGGGCGGCGGCGAGCCGGCGAUGCUGCGCGGGCGGCGCAGGCGGCAAUGGUGGUGCAGUACCUGCCCACGGUGCUGCUCUGCAUGGGCACCGCGGGCUACUUCCCGCCGCCCGUGUUCCUUGAGGUGGUCCUAGGCGCACUGGGCAGCGGCUGCAGCAGCAGCGGCAGCGGCACGGACGGCGCAGGUGCUGCUUGGCGGGCGGGCACGCCGCCGCGGGCGCUGGGGCCGGUGGGGCUGAACAGCGUGAUGCUGGCGCUCGCCUACAUGAAGUACCGGCCGCACCCGCGCUGGUUCGCGGGCUUGUGGAGGGCGGUCAUGAACAGCCUGGACUCGUUCGACCCGCAGCAGACGUCCAACGUGCUGUGGGCAGCGGCGCAGCUGCAGCACGGCCCCGGCGCCGACCCGCGGCUGCUGCCGCGCCGCGACGUGGGCCGCCUGCUCCGGGCCGUUGCCAGCCGCUUGCCGGAGCACAGCGACUCCGAGGUGCUGGCGGCGCUGCAGGCGGCGGCGCUCAUCCGCGGCCAGGGCCGGAUGUUCCAGGACCAGCCCUACCAGCUGCAUGAGCGCCAGGAGGAGCUCCAGCAGCAGGCGCUGCAAGGCGCGGCUGCUGCCAGCUCAGGCUUGGGGCCGGGGCUGGCGCCGUUGCAGCAGGCCGUGCGGCGGCCUGAGGUGGAGGUUGGGGCCGGGGCGGCCUUCCCGCGGCGGGACUGGCUGGAGCUUAUGGAGACGGAGCUGUAUGGCCGACUGCAUCAGCUCAAGCCGUCGGAGCUGGGGGCGGCGCUGCAGCACUUCGCGGCGUUGGGCCACCGCCCCAACCGGUUAUGGAUGGCGCGCUGGGCGGAGGUGGCGGCGCCCGCCGUCGCCACGGCGACGGACGACGCCGUGGCUGUGGCGAACGGUGGAUUGCUGCGGUCGCACGGGCUGAGCUUUGAGCAGCUGUGCCGCAUGACGCACGCCGCGGCGCGGCUAGGGUUCCGCCCGACGGCGCCGCUGCGGUCGGCGCUGCUGCAGGCCACGGGCACGUACCUCGCGGUCAUCGUGGCUGCGGACGCCGCUGCGGCGGCGGGGCCGGCCUCGGAAACACAGCUGGCCCAGUCGGGCCGACUGGAGCGGAUGGUGGGCGCGGGCUCCAUGAGCUGGCUUCUGUGGGCGCUGGCGUUGCUGGACGUGCGGCCGUCGGACGAGUGGAUGGCCAGCUACAUGGGGGCAAUGGCUGCGGUGAUGCGGCGUGAGGCGCAGCAGGGCGCGAGUAAGGCAGCGGAGGAGGAGGCCGAGCAGGAGGGGGCCGGGGUGCUGGGUGCGGGUGCGGGCGCGGCCGCCUGGGCGGCGGCGGGCGCGCAGGGCGAGGGCUUCAGCGCACGGCAGCUUUCGCUGGUGGUGUGGGCGCUGGCGCGCCUGCGCUACGACCCCGGGCCAGAGUGGAUGCAGCUCUUUGUGGAGCGCUCGCAGCCGCUGGUUGUCACGCCCGCGUCUGUCGCGGCGGCCGCUGUGCCGGCUGUCGUGUCGGUCUCCGUGCAGGCUGUGGCUGCAGCGUCGGUAGUGCCAGUUGUCACCGCGGCGCAAGAACCGGAUGCCGUGGCGCAUGCUGCGGCCGCCACCGCGGGCGCUGCUGAGGCCAACCCGGCUGAGGCGGCGCCGGUGGAAGUCCACGCCGUGUCGGAGGGGCACGAAGAGGCGCAGGGCACUGCGUCGCCGCGCGUGGCUGCAACAGUUGCGCCAGUUGUUGCGGCUGCUACUGCUGCCGCUGGGGGCGCGGCGACUGAGCUUGCCUCGCAGUCAGUGCCUAAGAGCUCGAGCCCGAGCAGCCCCAGCACUGCAAGUAGAGCAGGCGCAGCCAGCAGCGCUAGCAGUAGCAGCCAGAGCAGUAGCAGCAGUAGCAGGAGUAGCACGGGCAAGGGCGGCGCCGGCAGCAAGGGCAUGGGCGGCUUCAAGCCGGUCCUAGACUUCAGCAGGGUGAUCCUGCAGGGACUGACGGCCUGGGCUGCGACGCAAAUCUCGGGUGCUGACAAGCAGGCGUCCGCGGGCGGCGGAGCAAGGGCCAGUGAUCCUGCAGGCGAUGACCUGGAGGCUGCGGCGGCGGGUCGGAAACGCGGCGGGCUGGCUCGCAAGAAGAUCUAGCAGCUUGCGGCUUCGUUGCUCGUUGUGUAGGUGCCACUAGGUAGUUGUGAGGAACGCGUGCAUUCGUAGGUUCUCAGGUGAGCACGGUUUCCUGUGCUGUAUUGGCGGUUGGAGUAAAUAGACGAGAGUGCUUGAAGGGCUGACAUGUUAUACUGGGCGGCGCCAUUGACAUCCAAAGCAAGCGCAAGAAUUGAUGGACUAAUUUUAUGACGGUUGGCAGUGUGCCACAGACAAGAUAUGUGGUUCGCCUCGCAUGGGAAAGUCGCCGUGAGAGCCACGAAUGGCCCUAUUAC